AUGGCCUGCUGCUCCACCAGCUUCUGCGGAUUCCCCAGCUGCUCCACCAGUGGGAACUGUGGCGCCAGCUGCUGCCGCCCCAACUGCUGCCAGACCGGCUGCUGCCAGCCCAGCGGCUGCCAGGAUAGCUGCUCCCAGCCCAGCUGCUGCCAGCCCAGCUGCCAACCCAGCUGCUCCCAGCCCAGCUGCUCCCAGCCCAGCUGCUGCCAGACCAGCUGCUGUGGCUCCGGCUGUGGCUCUGGGAGUGGAAUUGGAGGUGGCCAGGGUGGAGCCAUGAGCUACCGCAUCAGGUGGUGCCGCCCAGACUGCCGCGUGGAGGGCACCUUCCUGCCACCCU